AUGGCUAUGGUGGCACAGCAUCAGCGGGAGAACAGUAGUGGGAGUCUGAAUAAACAUCUUGAUGCCGCCGGAAAGUAUGUGAGGUACACGGCGGAGCAGGUGGAGGCUCUGGAGAGGGUGUACGCCGAGUGCCCUAAGCCCAGCUCACUGCGCCGCCAGCAGCUCAUCCGUGAGUGCCCUAUUCUUUCCAACGUCGAGCCCAAGCAGAUCAAAGUCUGGUUUCAGAACCGAAGGUGUCGAGAGAAGCAGAGAAAAGAAUCUAGCAGACUGCAGAGCGUGAACCGAAAAUUGACUGCCAUGAACAAGCUGUUGGUGGAGGAAAAUGAUCGCCUUCAGAAGCAAGUGUCUCAACUGGUUUCCGAAAAUGGCUUCAUGCGGCAACAAUUACACACUGCACCUGGCACUGAUGCAAGUUGCGAGUCGGCAGUCACGACCCCUCAGCAUUCCCUCAGAGAUGCCAGUAACCCUGCUGGACUUCUUUCGAUUGCAGAAGAAACUUUGGCGGAGUUCCUUUCAAAGGCUACAGGAACUGCCGUUGAUUGGGUCCAGAUGCCUGGGAUGAAGCCUGGUCCGGGUUCGGUUGGGAUCUUUGCCAUCUCAAAUAGUAGUUCUGGUGUGGCCGCUCGAGCCUGCGGUCUUGUUAGUUUAGAACCUACAAAGAUUGCUGAGAUCCUUAAAGAUCGUCCAUGUUGGUUCCGUGACUGCCGGAGCCUUGAGGUUUUCACCAUGUUUCCUGCCGGAAAUGGAGGAACUAUCGAGCUUUUGUAUACCCAGGCGUAUGCUGCAACCACGUUGGCUCCCGCCCGAGACUUUUGGACUCUUAGAUACACAACUACCUUGGAGAACGGCAGUCUUGUGGUAUGUGAGAGAUCGCUUUCCGGGACGGGGGCGGGCCCAAGUGCGGCUGCAGCUUCUCAGUUUGUGAGAGGCGAAGUAUUUCCGUCCGGAUAUUUGAUCAGGCCGUGUGAGGGUGGAGGAUCCAUUAUUCACAUUGUGGAUCACCUUAAUUUGGAGGCAUGGAGUGUACCCGAGGUGCUCAGGCCACUAUAUGAAUCGUCGAAAGUUUUGGCACAGAAAAUGACUAUUGCUGCACUUAGAUACAUACGACAGAUCGCCCAGGAGACAAGUGGCGAAGUCGUAUACAGUCUCGGCAGGCAACCUGCGGUCCUAAGAACUUUCAGCCACAGGUUGAGCAGAGGCUUUAACGACGCUAUUAACGGGUUCAAUGACGACGGGUGGUCUUUGCUGAACUGUGAUGAUGGUGGGGAUGAUGUAAUAGUUGCUGUUAGUUCGGCUAAGAAUGUGACGGGUGCUUCAAAUAAUAUUUCCAUGAUUGGAGGCGUGCUCUGUGCUAAAGCAUCUAUGCUGCUUCAGAAUGUGCCUGCGGCAGUGCUUGUUCGGUUUUUGAGGGAGCACCGCUCGGAAUGGGCAGACUUCAAUGUGGAUGCCUAUUCGGCUGCAUCUUUGAAGAACUCGUAUACCUAUCAAGGAAUGAGGCCUACUCGAUUUACGGGUAGCCAAAUUAUCAUGCCGUUGGGUCACACGAUUGAACAUGAAGAGAUGCUUGAAGUUAUUCGGUUGGAAGGACACUCUCUCGGCCACGAGGAUGCAUUCAUGUCUCGAGACAUCCAUCUUCUGCAGAUGUGCAGAGGGAUUGAUGAGAAUGCAGAGGGGGCAUGCUCUGAGCUUGUUUUUGCCCCAAUUGACGAAAUGUUCCCGGACGAUGCCCAUUUGCUGCCUUCCGGUUUUCGUAUUAUCCCGCUUGAAUCAAAACCAGGUGAGGUGCAGGAUCCAUUGUGUUCACACAAAACACUAGACUUGGCAUCAAGCCUUGAAGUGGGCCCCACAAUGAGCAGUAGCGGAAAAAACAAUGCAGCAGCAUCAUCAGCUUGCAGCCCGCGUGCAAUACUUACCAUUGCCUUCCAAUUCCCGUACGAGACCAAUUUGCUGGACAAUGUGGCCUCCAUGGCCCGCCAGUAUGUACGCAGCGUGAUUUCGUCUGUACAGAGGGUUGCCAUUGCUAUAUCUCCUUCGGUUGGGUUGGACCCCGCUGCCGUCCCUAAACUAUCUCCGUCUUCCCCAGAAGCACUAACACUCGCACAUUGGAUUUGCCAUAGCUAUAGCUACCAUUUUGGGGCUGAGCUGCUAGGAGGAGCCGAGUCUACGAGUGGUGAAGGAGUAUUGAAAUCACUUUGGCAUCAUCAAGAUGCCAUCUUAUGCUGCUCACUGAAGGCCGUGCCUGUAUUUAUAUUUGCUAACCAGGCCGGGCUAGAUAUGCUGGAGACUACACUUGUUGCCUUGCAAGAUCUCACUCUGGACAAGAUAUUUGAUGAUUCUGGACGUAAAGUUUUGUUUUCGGAAUUUGCCAAGAUCAUGCAGCAGGGAUUUGCGCACUUGCCCGGUGGCAUCUGCAUGUCGACAAUGGGUCGGCACAUAUCGUACGAGCAAGCCAUUGUGUGGAAAGUUUUUGCUGCAAAUGAGGACACGGUCCAUUGUCUGGCUUUCUCCUUCGUGAAUUGGUCCUUCGUAUGA